AUGGCAGGCGGACACGAAGCCCUUCACAAGGAUCCCGCGAUCAUAAAAUGGAACAACAUGACUGUGAACCGUCACAAGUACUUCCGCUGGACAAAGCGCACCGCACUUAUCAACAUCGCAUACGUCAUCGUUGUUCCCGCGACGCUGGGAUACUUUGGCUACAUGACUGAGGGCAAGUGGGACAUGCGCGGCAAGAGGAGGGGUGAUACUAUCUCUGAGUUUUAG